AUGGCUGAAGGCUCAGGUUCAGGUGGAGGCGGAAUUGACCGCAAGGCCGAUGAGAGGAUGGAGUUUUCCACCUCCAAGGAGGUUACUGUUCAUCCGACUUUCGAGUCCAUGUCGCUGAAGGAGAACCUUCUUCGCGGUAUUUACGCUUACGGAUACGAAUCUCCCUCGGCCGUUCAGUCUCGAGCCAUCGUCCAGGUCUGCAAGGGUCGCGACACCAUCGCCCAGGCUCAGUCUGGUACCGGAAAGACGGCGACCUUUUCCAUCAGCAUGCUGCAGGUUAUCAACAUUGCAGUGCGAGAGACUCAGGCGCUUGUUCUUUCUCCCACGCGAGAGUUGGCGACUCAGAUUCAGUCCGUUGUCAUGGCCCUGGGUGACUACAUGAACGUGCAAUGUCACGCUUGUAUUGGUGGAACCAACGUUGGCGAGGAUAUCCGCAAGCUCGAUCACGGACAGCACAUUGUCUCUGGUACUCCUGGCCGUGUGGCCGACAUGAUUAGACGACGACAUCUGCGCACCAGACACAUCAAGAUGCUUGUUCUCGACGAAGCAGACGAACUCCUCAACAAGGGUUUCCGAGAGCAGAUCUACGAUGUUUACCGAUACCUCCCCCCUGCGACCCAAGUUGUGGUCGUCAGCGCUACUCUCCCCUACGAUGUCCUCGACAUGACGACCAAGUUCAUGACGGACCCUGUUCGCAUCCUCGUCAAGCGUGACGAAUUGACCCUCGAAGGUCUCAAGCAAUACUUUAUCGCUGUCGAGAAGGAGGACUGGAAGUUUGACACUCUAUGCGAUCUCUACGACACCCUGACCAUCACGCAAGCCGUCAUCUUUUGCAACACACGCCGCAAGGUCGACUGGCUGACGGACAAGAUGCGAGAGGCCAACUUUACCGUCAGCAGCAUGCAUGGUGACAUGCCUCAGAAGGAACGAGACAGCAUUAUGCAGGACUUUCGUCAGGGCAACAGCCGAGUGCUCAUCUCGACCGAUGUGUGGGCUCGUGGUAUCGACGUGCAGCAGGUCAGCUUGGUUAUCAACUACGAUCUGCCUAGCAACCGUGAGAACUACAUCCACCGUAUUGGUCGUAGCGGUCGAUUCGGUCGCAAGGGUGUUGCGAUCAACUUUGUGACUACCGAGGAUGUGCGCAUUCUCCGAGACAUUGAGUUGUACUACUCAACCCAGAUUGACGAGAUGCCCAUGAACGUUGCGGAUCUCAUCUCAUAA